UCGCUUCAUUUUUACCACGGAACUCAGUCUACACUUCACCACAAUAUCAAGACUGAGCUCUAAGAUAGCUUCCCCACUUCUUUCCUGAAAGAAUUCUUUUCCCGGAAUCGCCAUUCCGUCUCAGUUGGAGUCUAUCGAAGCGUCAAAAUGAACUCCAUCCGACAGAUUCAGGCUCUCAACAAACGGGAAUUAGAAACCGCAGUCUCCCCAGAAGCUUCCUGGCACGCCGACUAUCGUGACACGGCUUAUAUCUACAUCGGCGGUUUACCAUAUGAUCUUAGCGAAGGUGAUAUUCUAACCAUAUUCUCCCAAUUCGGUGAACCGGUGCACCUCAAUCUAGUUCGCGACAAGGAUACGGGGAAAAGCAAGGGAUUUGCAUUUUUAAAGUAUGAGGAUCAGAGAAGUACCGAUCUAGCCGUGGACAAUCUUUGUGGUGCGACUGUGAUGGGAAGAUUGCUGAGGGUUGACCACAUGAGGUACAAACGAAAAGAAGAGGAGGGCUUGGAAGAUAAUAUUGCACCAUUAGAUAAGGAAGAGCUGGAGAGACAACGGGGUGGACGGGACCGUGAUCGUGAUCAUCAUGGUUAUAGGACGUCUAGAAGGCGCCGAUCGGAGAGCAAGAGUGACGAUGAGAGAAGGAAACGGCCGUUACUGAAGGAAGAAGUGGAACUGGCACGGCUUAUUGAGGAGCAUGAUGAUGAGGAUCCAAUGAAAGAAUAUUUAAUACAGGAAAAGAAAGAAGAGGUUGCAGCAGCGCUGGCAAAAUCGAAAUCAAGCAGGCGACGAAACGAUAGCGCCGAGCGACGGGAUCGACACCGGCAUCGCCGUCAUCACCGACGGAGACAUAGCGAAGAACGUUCCCGUUCGCGUGAAAGACGUCAUGCACACCGUAGAAGAUCGCGAUCGCGAUCUCCCUCAAGGGGGCGGAGACAUCGAAGAAGAGAUUACAGCCCAUGAAAAGUUCAAUCUCGAAUCCUGAUUAUACUACAGCUGAUUAAGGCAAAACAUUGAUAAAACACCCUAUCGCAAGGUCGGGAAUGAUGAACAAAAAUAGACAAAGAAUUCUUGCGCGAAUGCAAAAGGCUUGCGUCCUCUUCGAAAGACCUAUGCUUCCGCGGGUAUCGGACCCUACGGUGGAAUGAGGCCACCGGGACUAUUGUUCCCGCUCUGCAAUAUUCCCUCCGCCAAUCGAUGGUCACGUUGGCAGACAAUUUCCUUCAUUCCACCCAAGUGUCUCCCGGGUGGUAGUAUAUUGGAAACGGGGUCGACUGGAAAAUCCCGUUCGUUAAAUGCUAGCAUCUGGUGCAGUUGAGAAUUAUCGGAAAGAAAAUCCCAGCUGCAGGGUGGAAAUAGCGGCUUCAACUUCCUAAAUACCGCUUCCAUCCAGUUCUGGUGCAAACGCGCUUCCCAUCCUGACCAUCCUGAAUGAUAAAUCUCUCCCAUCUUCCAUCUUUACCCGCGCCUAUUAACAAAAGUGUAUCGUCACUAGUCCAGCCAAUAACCCCUUUGGGCGGUCGGCUAAAGGAAGAACCCAGCUGCGGAAUAUAUCCGGUGCCCGGAGGGGUCUCGUCGCCAAUUUCAAAAGGGGCACUGGCGAAUGAAUAUACGUCAGAGAACAGUCGCGGAAGUAGGGGUAUCUUUCCUAGGAAUCCCCAUUUAUUGUAUAAUGCCUCUUCCCCUGUGACUUGUGGUGGCUGACUGUUUGGGGAAGGAUUACGAGCGUGCGGUAGAUCAAAAACAUGCAGGGUAGAUUUGUCUGAUGUAACAGCAAGUAGUGUGUUAGAUGGCGAUAUGCCCAAUGAAAAUAUGUCCGCAUGCUCCAAUCCUCUC